UAAUUGUCACAGUGUCUGAACAUUGAGGGAUGACCGGGCUACAAGUCAGCCUAUACUAGACAACCAGCUUAUGACUAUAUAUAGAUCAUGGGUUCUGGAUGGCGUGAGAUAACGCCAACAACCCGAAUCUUCCAUUGAGGAGGUUACUCCAUAAUAAUUCGCCUCGUGCCAUUGUCCAAAUUUGCUUUUUACAAAGUUUUUGACAGCUUCAACAAUGGCCACAAUGUCGCAACCUUCCAUAUCAAACGUCUCAGUCGAGGAUAUCUUUACCCAAUUUUCCGGCGAUAUUGACUCCAUCCGAGGACUUUUGGAAACCCAAUGGUUAGCAAUUAGGGACCAACUAAAUUCCACAUCGUGUCAAAAGGUUAGCGAGCUGCUUUCCAUGGUGUCCCGCCAAUCUGGCCUUCCACCCAUAAUUACGGCACGCAUAAUGGAUUUCAUUUUGGAAAAAGUUUCGAAAAAUUUCGAAAACAAAAACAUUGUUCUUCGCAAACUAUGCGAAACAGUGAAAUAUGCGGUUCGCCAUAAUCUACAGCAACUCGAUGAAACUCUAGAUAACUCCAUACUUACCAAGAUAGCGAACACCAUACUUAAAACGUUGCUGAAAACAGACGAUACGCAAAGCCAGGCCUACCUUAUGGAAACUCUGACCCAAUUAGGACCUCAACUUUUAAGAGAUCCAUCAACCAUGAAAAAUAUCAAGUCAGUCCUUUCUAAAGUCGGGGUAACUUCAAGUUUCUCUGAGAAUGAGAGAAGACAAAUUUUGGAGAGGAUAAAUUCGUCAAAUCGUCUCUCCCGCCUGAACAAAUGUCACAGUCAAUCCGACCUCUUCAAACUGAUUGAGAAAGAACAAGCGCAACACAGAGUCUUUCACAGGUCUCCGUCUUCCGGAACGAACAGUUAUUUAUCAGUCCACGUUUCCCAGCAAGUCUCCACCACCAUUAAUUACAACAGUGAGAAGAACGCGUUACGCGUAAUGAAUUUGUGUGACUCGUUCAAACACAGGAAUGACCUGCUCCAGCAAGAGACAAAGGUUGAUAUUUUACCAGAAAAUAUAAACCUUUUAAAAGAUGGGACCGAUACUCGUUUCUAUAAAGAUACUUACGGUGAAGUGAAAACUUUAUGGGAUUUAGCGGAAACAUCGGAGAACGAGAAUCCAAUAAAAAUAGAUGAUUGGGAUGGCUAUCUCGCACAAAAAUUACUCGGAGCUCAUUACUGGUACAAGAUUUUUGUCUUAUUGAAAUACCGCGAUAUUGAUGUAGACUCUCUAAUUACACGCCUCUUCCAAAAAUAUGCCCAUAAUACAAAAAUCCCGUUUGAAACGGUGGACAAAUGUUUCAAAAUUAUUGCUCCAGCUAUCGACAAAAAUGCGUUUAUUGCAAACUUUAACCUCCGGUAUAACCACGAGUAUGAAGGGUUUACAAUCGAUAAACUUGUUGGACUUAGACUAUUUGCGGUACAAAUAUUACAAAUUGCAAGCCGGAGGAAUUGGGUGAUUUUUACCGAAGAUCGCUUAAACAUGCUGCGCGGAUACUUGGGAAACUAUAGCACUUACCUAAACGCCGAUUGGAAUACGUGGAAAAAAUGGAAAUUGGAAAAGAAACCAACAACGGAGGAAGAAAUUCGGAGAAUAAAGGCCAACUUGAUCAACAUCAGUGACAUCAUGGAUGAUAUCAUUCGUCAAGAUGAUACCAAUGCGAGCUACAUAAGUCUUGCUGAAAAUGGAAUUAAAGGAUUAACAGAUUCCGAGAGAAAUCUGACAGAUGAUCAAAUUGCUACAUUUGCGAAAUCCAUUGAGAGAAUUGUUUACCAGGAUGGUUCCCUUGUAGAAAAAAUUUUUACGCAAGAUUUACUCUCAAAUUUAACAUCCAUCAUGACAAGUACAGAGUCAGAACCUGCAAAAAGGAAAGCGUGCAGGGGAAUCGUUUCGUCAUACUUGACCAAUGUAAGGAUAGGAUUGUUAUCUUCAGACUUGUUACGCCCCUGCUUUGCUGCCCUACUGGAGACCGGUCUAACAGAAGACGACAUAUCUGGAAUUUUCGCAAUUUGCAUUCAGGCCUUGGAUAAGUUAAAACAAACCCAGGCGAUUGAAGACAAAGAUAUCUACGAAUUUUCCAAACCUCUCCUCGAAUCGAUGGGACGGACCGAAAGUGUUCCAAACUGGAACGAGUACGUGGUCUUGGCGGUAAACCAAUUUUUUGAAGAUGUGCCUGAAACCAAUUAUGGUAAAAUCGUUCCAAACAUGUAUUUGAUCAGAAUGAUGAAUUCCACCCAAUUCGUGCAAACUAAUCAAACCUCGAAACAAAUUGAGUUCGUAGAGGAGCAAAAUGACUCCGAAUCUGCAACCCCGAUGUCACUUCAAGCUUCAAAUCUUGUCCAAUUCCUUAUCCAGACGGGAUCAAUAGAGUGGCACGAGUUACCUGCAGGUGUAACCAUCGCUGAUUUUAUAAAUCCUUUGAUAAAUUCGACCUGCCCACAGACGCGAAUUCGUACCGCUACAAUUUUAGGAUACUUAAAAGACUCCAUCGCAUUGGAUGAAAAUACUCCACUACUACCAACUUUAAGAAGUCUGCUAACUCUCAGACAGCGAUAUGGAGAACCGGAAGACGUAAUAUUUUGGUGUUCCGCAAUCUCUACCUUGUUCUCCCUCAGAAUCACUGAGCGCACUCCGGCUGAUGAAUUAAGACAGGAAAAAGAUUUAAUUAUGGCUCCCAUAUCCUACUUUAAUUUAGCCGGGUCGACUUUGGAUUAUCAAUAUGAAGAUGUCGGAACAAAUGUUAACACACAGAUUUUAGCUCUUGCCGAGGAAGCCGGACAUAAGGGGAUCAUAUCAAAAAACAUUUAUCCAAUCGCUGACAUCAUUCUGGAACAAUGCUCAACCUCCUCGUCCGAUUAUGUUAGUCGAGUGUUGCGCAUUCUCCAGAUAAUGACCGCGAUGGGGGAUAACCUCCCCGAGUCAACAUUGUCUAAAUUGGAUGUAGCCUUCGAAACAGAAGAAGCAACCGUGACAAGCCAAGUUUUUCAAAUUUGGAAUAAUUGCAUAAAAAAUCAACAGACAAUUAGUAACUUAGCUAUUGGACAUAUUAGCAAAUUCUUAUACAAGACUACCACCGAGUAUGAGAGAGACAUAGCUUUUCAAAUGUUACAGAAAGCAUUCUACAAUCAAGAUUUGGAACCGCAACAAUAUAACACAUUUAUUAAAGAACUUACCCUACGAACCGUUAAGGAAAAAGGGGGACAAUUUAUUUCAACCCGUAAUCUACUCGGUCGGCUCACCUUUCUCAAAACCAAACUUGGAGAAAGUGGAUCGCAUGAAUUAACUAUGAAUAAUUUACACUGCCUACAACAAAUCUUGGGUGAAUCAGCGCCUCAAAAUUUACCCGAUUUUACUACCGUUCAACUUCACAGUUUACACUUGUUGGCAACGGCGGCAGAAAAUGGUCAGAAUUUCCCAGAUACGAAAUUAUUACUGGAAACCAUCAUAAUUGACAAAGUUCUUAAAGUCGACAUGAAUUUGGACUUAUUGGCAAGCGUUGCCCACCUAUUGCUGGCUUUCCAAAAUAAAAACAGAACGAUUCCAGGGUCAUCUAAAUUAAUGGGGAAACUUGAACAGAUCAUUUUCAAGCUGGCCGAAAACGGCAAGAUGACACUAUUCUGUGACAUAUUUCGCAUUAUUGCAAAUAUUACGAAAACUGAGAAAAAACAAGAUCCCAACUAUCAGAUGAAUCAAACCAUCCUAUCCUACGUUUUGACAAAAAUAAAGGAAAAUAAAGUAGGGGAAGAUUUUUUGCGAGAUUUAAUUCCACUUUUCUGCGACGUUUUGACCAACUUGCCCGAAACGUCCGGCAUUUUUACCGACCUCGUCAACUACUACAACGAAGUAUUAGGUACAUACAAUAGCGACACAAAUCUCGACAUUUCCAGCAUCAAGGGGAUAAUCCAUGGUAUUGAAACGCUAGGAGCGAAACUUCCCGAUCUUGCUUCGCUUAUCCAGAAAAUUAUCGACCUUGCACAAAACGUGGAUGAUUAUCAAAUUAAGGCAGAACUUGUACAGUUCCUUGAAACCUGUCCACAUACCAAAAAUCUUCUCAAUGACGCGCAGAAAAUUCAAUUGGUUCAAAUAAGGCAAACCACAGACCCGAUAAGUGUUCUAAAAUCAUGGAAAACUGAGCUGGGCAAAGUUAUUCCGAAAGAAAUAACUAUUCGUCGAGGACUUGAUGCCGUCUGUUCUAUUUUAGAUUCCAAAAAAGUACAUCACAAUUCCGCCCCAGAAUUUGACUCCUUAAUAGAGGAUACAUUGCAAAAUUUGAACAAUACGAUUAAACAUGCGGGAAUCCGAAAUAUUUUAAAAAUUGAAAAAAUUCGAAAGGAAACCAUUUCUCGAGUAAUUUCCAUCCUGAUAAGGAAUUGUGAUUCAGACAACUCGCCCCACGAUGAAUUAAUCGUUACCAUACUACGAACCUAUUUUGAAAUUUUGCAAUCCCAAAGCCCCAUUCAGAUUUUUCAACUUAGCAAAAGUGAUAUUGCCAUAUUGUGUGGGCACGUCCGAAAACUAGAAUCUGGAACCAUCAACAAAAAUGAGUAUACCAAUUUAAUCAGGAACUGCAUUGCGUUCCCAUGCAUACAAAUUGAUCCAGAGUCUGCAUCCGAAAUUCAGAAAAUAUUGGAUUUUAAUCAAAUUUUUCAAGACACUCCGGCAGCAAACUGCCUCCCCGAUUUGGACAAUUUACUACAAAAUUUUAUAAAACAACGAAAUUACACAGUUUCUCGGGAGGAUCGACUAAAGUACAUGACAGCUGGGGAAACACUCGUAAAUUCCAUUGAACCUGAAGUGCACCAAGGGCAAAUUGUAAAUUAUGCGAAACACCUCUCAAUCUUUGAAAUUCGGGACAAUACCGACAUCUCGAUACAAAUGAAUCAAUCAUCAGUUUUGAAAUUUGCCGAAUUUAUGAGACAAGUGAUACCAAUUUUAUGCAAGAAUAGUGACCUCCUAAAUCCAUACAUCGUGCCGGGGUUGACAAGAAGUUUGCAAAUUCUGAAAUCUGAUUGCCAUAAGUCUGGGACAAAAUUAGAAGUUGGAACGUUCUUCAACCUGAUUAAUAUUAUUGAACAAAAAUUCGGUGGAAACGGAGUAAAAGAUAUUUGUAAAUUUGACUUUGCCCUUCAAUCCCUGAAAGCCUGUCGGGACGAGGAUGACUUCAGUCAGAUUACAGUUUCAAAUAUAAGAAAUAUUUUUAAAACCGGAGUACAACACGGUGCCCAUCCCUUGGUCAAGUUCACCGUUUAUCAUGGUUUUUCAAAAAUUCUCUCUGGACAUCCACACCCUCAAGUUGAAUCAUUAAUCAAACAAAUUAUUGGUGAAGAGGGAGCCAAUCAAUUGAAAAAACUUUGCACUCUGAGCCUCACACCUGGAUCGACACAAGUUAAUGACGCCGACGAGAUCAAUCUAUUAAAAGGAACGUUAUUAUCGUACAGUGAUGAAGCAUUGGAUUUUACUGGUCUCAACGAAUUAUUCACAUAUCAUCAAAAUGAUAAGGCUCCACACGAAUUUUUGCAACUACUCCUCGCUGCCCUCUUGCGAGGAUCAGUGACGCCGAGUGACAUCCCAGAAAUCAUUGCUCUAACACAAAAUCUCGGCUUUUUAACCGCUGCUGGAUUUUUGUCUGAAACAUUGUGUCCAUUCCCAUCCAGCCUGGUGUACCACAUGGCAAGAUAUGCAGUACAAUCUAGCCAACUGUCAACAGAGAUUUGUAAUGUGGCCAAGAACGCGUUAGAUUGGGGACUAAAGUUCACCACAGUUCAGCAAAUAUUGCAAAAAAAUUGUGAAGAAAAUACCAUAAGUACAGAUUUACUUGCUGUAUUCACCCAUCUAAAGGAUUACUACGAUUUAUCCACUCUCCAUAACGAUUUAACCCAAGCAAUGAAGACCACAGAUCCACGCCAAACUUUGAUAGAAUUGCAGACAAAAACGUUACUCGGAGCGAUACCAGAAAUCAAUCCAAGAACUCGGGACAAUUUCAGGUCUCUUUUAAAGAAAGGAUUCAACUUUGAAGAUUUAAAAAGGCUCGUUGUAUCUGCGGUGGGUCAUAAAAUCACCCCACAAUCAGGUCAACCUUUACCGAAAGGAAACAAUAAUUUAACAUUGGAGAAACUGGUACAACUCCUUGAUCAAUUUAUUGUCAAUGAUGACAAGAAAUCAGAACAAAUUAUGGCACAAUUUAUGAAGAUAGUGGAACGAAGAGAUGUCAAAAAAAUGUUGAAAAGUAUCACUGCUAUUUUGUUAAACAACAUAUUUUCCAGUAAACAAAAGCGGUCUAGCAAAGAGCCAAAGAAUUUGGAGGAGAUUUGUUCCGAAUUUGCGAUUCAAAACCCAGAUUUUAUCAAACAACUUACAACAAAAAUAUCAAACACUCCAGGAGAAACUGAGAUUUCAGUAGAUAAAAGCGCAAAAAUGUUGAUAAAUAUCAUUUCUUCGAUCCGAGCAACUAAAAAAGUUACACAACCUUUGGUUGAAGUUGAUUUACAAGAGUGGACCCGUCAAGCCUUCCAAGACUGGGGGAAAUCUGUUAAAUCGAACUGGAAAAUAUUGUCAUCCCAAGAAAAUUUUUUAAUUGAAACGCUCGCCGUUUUAGCCCAAGCUAACAAACUCAGUUAUGGUUAUGAGCUUACGGACAGUCAACUCUUAUGCAUAUAUCUGUCAGUUUCUCGACCUGGGAAGAAUUCGAAGGGAUUACUUCAACAAUUGGUGACCGGUGGGGGCAAAUCAGCCGUGAUACGAAUUCUUGCAGCGCUUUCUGUACUAUCUGGUAAUAAGGUUUUUGUCUCCACAAGUAAUUCUGUCCUGGCACAGAGAGACUCAUCCGAGGCGGCCGUAUUAUUCCGAUAUUUCAACAUUACAUCAGAUCACAAUAAAGAUAAAGGAAACUACAUCACAGGUGCGAAAACUUGUUACGGAAAAGACGUCGUGUUUGGGGAAGCGUGCCAAUUUCAAUUUGACAUUUUACGACACGAAUUCGGAAUACUGACCACGUUAGGAGACAUAUCAAAAAGUAGUGAUGCCGUGUCAUUCGAUAAUCAUGUUAUUUUUGUCGAUGAAGUGGAUUUCCUCUUGAUUGAUGAAAGUUCAAAGUUUGCCCGUCUUUCUGCCGACCUGCCCGGAUUGGACUUGCUUGAGCCGAUAUAUCACUUCGUAUGGGACAAGUUGUGCUCGAUGCAGGAUCGAAUUUUUACCACCGAUGGGAUCAAUACUUACCUAGCAUUUGGAAAGCUAGUGAGAGAUGAGGAAGGAAAAUUAAUGCUUGAAACGAUCCAAUCAAUUGGGGAGGAACAUGAUCAAAUUGUCCAUCUCGAUAUUUGUGAACUUAUUCGGACCAACGAGUACCAUGAUUAUGCAGUACAAAUUAAAUCAAAUAUUGCCACCUUUAUUCAGACAAGUUUGGAAAUUAUGUUGGAAAAGUGGACAGGAAUAAAGGUUUCACCAAACCUCAACCCUAUCACAUUGAGGGACAACCCUUGCCUUCAAAAACUCGCGGAAAAAUCAAUUCCAUCCGAAUUUCAGAUCAAGAUACCCUCCCAUUUGCUAGACUUCGUUGCCGGCCAAAUACCAAUUUGGCCAAAAAGUGCAAUCAUCGCUCUCUUCGAAUUUAGAGAAGGUGUCAAUUACAUCGUGGAUGACGGAAUGAUUAAACCAGUAGAUUUCGAGAGUACUGGAAUGAUUCGUGGGAAUCAAAAUUGGGGUGACGGAGUACAACAAUUCCUCCAACUAAAGCAUAAUUUAGCCAUUUCACCAGAAACAUUGGCGACAAAUUAUAUGUCAACCAUCUCAUUUUUUAGAAGAUUCACAUCUCAAAAUCUUUUCGGAUUUACGGGAACUUUUGGAUCUUCCGCGGCGACGAAGUUUGUUGAAAAUGUGUUCAACGUAGACACCGUUCUGACACCGGCAUCACAUUGGAAAAACUUUCAUGAGUACGAAACCCUCACGAGGGACAAUAAACAAGAUUGGAUGGAUACGAUUGUGGACAGUGUUGACCUCGAACUUACUAAAGGGAGAGCGGUCCUCAUCGUUUGUAGAAGUAUACGAAUGGCUUCAGAAAUACGUCGGGCUAUCCGAAAUUCCAAACUAAACUAUCAUAGUUUACGAAUGUAUACUAAAAAUAAUACGGAUGAAGACAAACACGUAGAACGUGUGGUUCCUGGAGAUAUAAUUAUUGCAACGAAUCUCGCAGGACGCGGAACGGAUAUCAAAUCAUCCCCGAUGUUGGAAAGUAAUGGCGGUCUCCACAUCUGUAUGACGUUCCUCCCUCCAAAUCUUCGAGCCGAAUGGCAAAUCAAGGGCCGAACCGCCCGCAACGGAAACUACGGAACGGCACAGUUCAUCAUUUAUACGUCUACAUCAGGGCACCAAAUUUCUGAUCAGAACGCGCGGGACGAGUUGGAGAAGCGCGCACUAAAUGAUUUUGAAACUUUGCAACUGCCAACAAUUGAACUUAAGGAGACAUAUUUUAGAGAGAUGUGCGAAUUUCUUUCAAAUUUGAGAACAAAACUUAAAGACCAUGAUACACUGAAGAGAAAAUUUUUAUCAAAAUUAUCCCUCAUCGGGAUGACACCGGCUCCAUCAGCUUUUGAGAGAUACAUCAUGGCAUCCGUAGAAGAGCUAUGGGCCUUAUAUGUCAAGCGCAUCGACCACAAGAUUUGUCCCGACGCACAGAAUCCCAAACAAUUAACAGAACGCGAAUUGGAAUCGGUUAAGACCCAAUUUUCAAACUUUUUCAAAGAAUUAUCCCAAAAAAUUUCUACGUGCAAGACAAACCUAGAUUUCCUACAAGCUUUUGUGAAGAAUCCAUUCUACUCUAUACGUAUCGGAAACGCUGCUUUAUACAACGGAGAAACUGACAUUUCUGGCUGUAUCGUUCCCUAUUUUCAGCACGCUAUCGACCUAGACCCAACUUUCGCAUCAGCCGCAUAUGUCGGGCAAGGGUGUUGCUUUAUUCGACACGAAAAGAGAAAUUGGUACAGCAUUGGGGCUCAGGACAAAUAUUGUGAAAACUAUAAAUCCGAGGCUACCCAAAAAUUUAUCAAGGGAAUUCGACAGCUCGCUCUCCAACAAAGCUACGUCUCCUUCGCCUUCACUCUAUUACAUGAACGGAAUAUGGAAACUUCUCAAUCUUCAUACCCAAGUGAUAGCUACGAUUGCGAAUUAGCGAUUCAACUGAAUCAAAAAUACGUUAUCUUGGGGAAUUAUGUGAAUGGGGUUAAAGCCAUGAUUGAAGUAAUUAAGGAGUCCGAGCGCCUCAUCGACUUAGUCGUCCAUCAAUCCUCCACCAAUUCUGUAAAUUAUUUCAAUCUUCCUCGCCAAGCGGAUAGUCCUUUAUGGCAGUUAGAUCCUAACACUGAUGUCGAUGUCACAAUGAAACACCUCACGCAGGAUACAGACCUCGUGAAUAAAGACCAGAUUCAAGAUGUCGUUGACCAUAUUAUGAAAAGACAUCCCGAAUUUGAUUUCAAGACCCACGGACGACUACUUAUUAAAGCAGAGACUACAUCACAACUGGUCAGCUUAUUGGAUGAUAACUCAUGCCAGGUAGGCUUGAGUAAGCAAGAUUGCGUUAAAUAUUUGGAAUCCGGAGGUUGGAAGACAAUGUUAAGGAAAUUCAUACCAUUAAUUCCCGAUGGGAACAACAUCUAUUUUACAAUUUUGGAUCCAAACAACGUCCCCCUGUCUAGGGAGCAAGGGCCAUUCACAGUAAAGAAAGCAGUUGAAGAAAUCAAAAAAGUAAACCAACCCGAGGUGAAAUUCUCUCUUCGAGUACCAACAAAUGUGCCCAACUAUUAUGACCAAGCCAGUUAUAAAGUGGUGCUGAAACGGUUUACCAGUUUUUCAAAGUUAGCCACCCAUUUACACAAUAAUCUAACUGAACAGAUUUUGAUAAAGGCAAGCGGCAAGGGUAGCAAGUUGGUCAACUUUUUUGACACCGUACUGUCAAAGAUAGAAUUAGAGCAAUUUCGUGCUUACGACUUUUCCGAAGACGAGGAUCGUGUUGCUUCCACAUUGAUUAGAAACCCUAGUCAAUUAGAUCUAACAGAAGGGCAAUUGAGUGCGUUUGACUUCAUUGUGCGAGGAACCCAGGUUGACAUAUUAUCGUCUAUCGAAACAUUUCCGGGUCUCGUGUUUGACGUGACGGUUGGUGAAUCCGAUCUGAUAGCUCGUUCCCAGCUUGAACCGUAUCUCAAACUUCACACGGGUGAGGCAGAACUAGAAAUUGCAGACUGCGAGUGGAUCCACUUGAAAAACAUUUUAAGUGAAAUACGCCAAGCUAAGAUGGAGGUCAGUUUGCGCUUCGUGACAAUUACGUCUCAAUUUGCCCAAGAAAUUUUAACCGGGUUGCAAUUAAAGUCGGAGCAUGUAGAUAUUUCCAAAAUUAAAAAACUCUCGGAUAAUUGGACACUUGGUUACACCCCUGCCGAAUUGCAACCGAUAAUUGGACGUGGCUUGGAAUUGAUCAUUCUCUUAAAUGAGCGACCAUUCAUCCCGUACUACAGUAUCACGGCGGUCUGUGCCUUAGGAUUGGUUCAAAUAACCGCGGCUGGAAUACUCGUCGCGACCGGAGUCGGCGUGCCAUUUGCAAUUCAACUCAUGAUUGAAGGAGUCUCCGAUCUUUUCUACGCGAGUAGGGUUUACUCCAAUAGAAAAUUUGACAUGAAAUCAUUUGCUGUCCAGAAAUCAUUAAGCUUAAUCAUUUCUACGGUUAGUCUUGGUUUCGGCGCUGCAUCAAAUGUUGCCACAGGAGUGGUAACAGAAGUAGGAGAGCAAGGCAUGGUUCGCGUGAUUCUCAAUGGGAAAACAAUCGGACAAGUGGUCGGACAGUGUUUCACAAAUCUGCAAAACUUUGGAGCCCGCGAGGCUGGAACUGUCAUAGUAGAAAUGACAGCACGAGAAUGUUUUUACAGUUUGAACUCCCAAGCGACAGAAUUUAUUGCAAACUCUGUCGGCUUAGAGGAUAUAGUAAAGUCUAACUUUGCUACACAGUUGGCUAUUCGAGCAAAAACGAAGAAACUUGAGCACCAUCUAACCUUAAACUUGGACAGAUUGAGUACCAUUUCAAAAUUGAUGACACGAGAUACAACAUCGCUAAGAAACCUGGUUAGAUUUUUCGCGCAAGAAGUAACCCAAUCAACCGAGACUAGUUGGAAACGGCAGGUUGGAGCGGUUGGGGCCUUAAUUUCGAAAGCCGUUGGGGGAAAUGGAGCCCUACUUCAGACUUUCUCACUUGCCGUAACUGUCAUCGGGAUAGGGGCAGGGGGUAGCGAAAUUUAUGCGAUGAUAGACACUUUUUGCGACCAGUUGGAACAGAAAUUAUUAAAUUAUGGAGAUAGGGAAUACUCCAUGGAAAAAGUGCUUCAAUCCAAGUGUCGCUUAGAUGACGGAGAAUCACUUUCCUUGCACAACUGUAGAGCAUUUGCCAACUCCAUUGCUGUCAACUGUCCUCCACCUCGUGGUACUGGGGGUUCUGCUCCCUACAUUGAUUGGGUUAUGCAACCAAAUUUCCUUCCAGCCCUAACAAAUAUUGAUACAACUCUCUUAAAUCGGGAGACAAGUGGCCUUGCAGAAAGCAGCAUAACAACCGCAAAGGAUCGGUUUAUUCAAUUUUGUGCAACAUUCCAAACCGAGUUCAACAACAGGAGAGACACUUCCAAUAGUAAAACGUUUGCAGCAAGCUAUAGUGAAAUCAAUCAAGAAAUUCUGACCAGUCUUGUCAGUCAGGUCAUGAUAGUGGCAAAAUCGCACAUGAUUACGCCCAGUUUAAAUCAUGGGACUAACUUUUUGGUAAAAAAGAUGAGACAAAAGGUUGACCAGUCUUUGGUAAGGAGGAAGAUUCCGAGCGAAACAACCGCGGGCAGGAGUAUGGAUGCGGAGCAGCCGACAAAGGGCUUAACCGGACGUUCUAUACUGUCUAAAGAAUCAAAAAUAUUUACAACUUUUGCUGGAUUAUUUGGUAAGGCACGAAACCUGGCGGAUGACUCGAACUUGGAUAACCAUAGUGUCCCUAGCAGUCCUUCAUUUACAGGGGGAGAAGAAAUCAAACGCUACGUAUGGAUGAAAAGAAUCAUUUAUAUUUCCAUCCUUGUCUUAAUCAUGGCUUUCUUAGUAAAUUUAUUGCUAACUCGAGAAGAUGAAAAGGCAGUGGAUUUGGAUAUGUUAAAAUGACAAGGUGAGAAUCGGCCAAUCUGUAGCUUCCUUGUAAUAUUUGCCGCUAUCCGCUAUAUAAUUUCAUAAUUAAAACAUUUUGCCAUACUUAUUAAUUAUCAAUUGUUUCUUGUCUUGGGGUAUAUUAUGGAUGUGUAAAAGAAUAAAUUGUUCUUGUUGCGAGUAAUGAUUUAA